AUGCCCGUGAUCAAUAUUGAGGACCUGACAGAAAAGGACAAGUUGAAGAUGGAGGUAGACCAGCUCAAGAAGGAAGUGACACUGGAGAGAAUGAUGGUUUCCAAAUGUUGUGAAGAAGUAAGAGAUUAUAUUGAAGAAAGAUCUGGAGAAGACCCUCUAGUGAAGGGGAUUCCAGAAGAUAAAAAUCCCUUCAAGGAGCUCAAAGGAGGCUGUGUGAUUUCUUAG